AUGAGAAGGCCAAAUCUUUGUGAAUCAAACUUUCUCAGUUCACGCUCAAUAUCUGUAGCAAGCGGCAACACAAUAGGUUAGUUGAACCAAGUAUCAAGCCCUGUACGCUUCUUUCUUAUCGUUGUUGCCUUCUGAUGAAUCGUCCACCAUUAACUUAUCCUGCAAAUCAACUUCAAAUGCUCCUUACUUUACCUAAAAAACCAUUCCUUAACAUAAACUCUUUACUCAAGUUCGCCUUUUCUUCUUCUUCUCUGCCGGUCAUUCAAGAUUCCGAGUCCAAAGCAUUCUCAAACCCUCUCUACCAUUUGCUUCCCCAAACUCAAAACCCCAACAACAUAGUCAAUCUUAUUUGUUCUUCUCUUAAUCAGGGCAAUUCUCAUUUAAUCCUUCUUCAGGAUGACUUAAAAGGCAUUCUUCCUCAUCUGGGUAAUCUUGAAAUUUCAAGGGUUUUGCUUCGAUGCCAAUCUGAUUCUGCAAAAGCUCUCACUUUCUUUGAAUGGGUUAAAAAUGAUUUAGGUAUCAAGCCUACAAAUCAUAAUUAUUGUCUAAUUGUUCAUAUAUUGGCUUGGAAUAAAAAGUUCUCGCUAGCAAUGAAGUUGCUGUGUGAAUUGAUUGAGAUGGUGAAGGAUAGUUCACAAAGUGCGGAAGUUUUUCAGGAUUUGCUUUUGAGUACUGAAGAUUGUAAUUCGGAUCCUGUUGUUUUUGAUAUACUUAUUAAGGCUUAUGCAAAAGGGGGUUUGAUUAAAGAAGGUUUUAGGUCUUUUAAAAAUAGUAUUGAGGUUGGCUUUUUACCUAGUGUGAUUGCUUGCAAUUGUCUUUUGAAUGGGCUGCUGAAGUUGAAAUGUUUUGAUCAGUGUUGGCAAGUUUAUAAGGACAUGGGGAGAGCUGGGAUACACCCUAAUUCUUAUACCUUUAAUAUCUUGACUCAUGUUUUUUGCAAAGGUGGAGGUGUUGACAAGGUGAAUGAAUUUUUAGAAAAGAUGGAAGAAGAAGGGUUUGAUCCAGAUUUGGUGACAUAUAAUACGCUGAUUAGUAGCUAUUGUAAAAAGGGCAGAUUUACUGAUGCGUUUUAUUUGUAUAGGAUCAUGUACCGGAGAAAUGUGUUGCCGGAUUUGGUUACAUAUACUGCAUUGAUGAAUGUUCUUUGUAAAGAAGGUAAUGUGAAGGAGGCUCAUCAGUUAUUCCAUCGAAUGAUUCAUAGGGGUGUGAGUCCUGAUGUUGUUUCAUAUAAUACUCUUAUUUAUGGCUAUUGCAAAGAGGGAAAGAUACAAGAGUCAAGGUUAUUGCUGUAUGAAAUGAUAGGAAAUGGGAUUUUUCCAGAUAAUUAUACUUGCCAGGUUAUUGUAGAGGGAUAUGGGAAAGAGGGCAGGCUGCUUUCAGCUCUAAAUUUGGUUGUAGAGCUUCAGAGAUUUGGAGUUUCAAUUUCUGAAAAUGUUUAUAAUUAUCUAAUAGUUGCUUUGUGUCAUGAAAAUCGACCAUUUGCAGCUAAGAGUCUUCUGGAAAGGAUUUCUCAGGAGGCCAUUGUGCUUGACAUGGAAACAUACAAUAAAUUGAUCGAGUCUCUUUGUGAAAGUGAUGCUGUGUCAGAUGCAUUACUCCUGAAAGAAGAGAUGGUGAAUAAAAAUCUGAAACCAAGUCAUUUUACAUAUAGAUCUCUUAUACAAUGCUUGUGUAGAACAAGCCGAAGUGAGGAGGCGUUAUCCUUGUUGAGAGAAAUGCUUGAAUCUGGUAUUCGACCUGAUGCGCAGAUAUGCCGGGCAUUAAUACAUGGAUACUGCAAAGAGAUGGAUGUUAAUAAAGCAGAAUCAUUACUAGGCUUCUUUGCCACAGAGUUUCAAAUUUAUGAUUCUGAAAGUUACAAUGCAGUUUUCAGCAUGUUUUCUGAAGAUGGUGAUCUGUCAAAAUUGAUGGAGCUGCAACAUAGGUUAUUGAAACUGGGGUAUGCACCAAAUAGCCUUACAUGUAAGUAUGUGAUCCAUGGUUUAUGGAAAGGAAUAGAAUUAGAAAAGCUCAAGCAUCAUGUGGAAUGAAAAUGUUGGGGCAACUUUUGAAGCCAUGAUGCUCAACAGCAACAUCGGAACAUGGUAUCCUAAUGACAAGUCCCCUAUUUGUUUCAGAUGCAUGUGAUAUUCAAAAAUGAAAAUGCAAAUAAUAGUCGGUAGAGUAUGCAGAAUCAGUUGAUACGAAUCAUGUUGUACAUUAGAAUUUUCAAUCUUUAAACUUAUUGUAUCAUCCCAUUUUUUAAUGGAAAUGAAUAAUGGGUUAUUUCA